AUGAUGAAUACUUCAAGCAUCAAAACAAGAAAAAAGAUAUGGAUGUUGAAAGAAGAGAAUAUAGAAGUUCAACCAAUCAAACUUACCAUAGCCGACAUAAAAGCUGACCAUGAAAUGGAAAAAUAUCAUGAGGAGAACUUGAAACAUUAUGUAUUAACUUUGAUGGCUAUGGUCACAAGUAUUUAUAAACACCACUCAAUAAAAAAUUACAUUAAUGUUGUUCUUGUGAAAUUAGUUAUCCUUGACUCAAAUGAGUCUGACUUAAAAGUAACUUCAAAUGCUGUGACAUCUCUCCGGUUAUUCUGUAAGUGGCAAUCCAAACAAAAUGUUGAAGAUGAUUCAAGUGAACAUCAUCAUGAUGCCGCCAUACUUUUAACACGAAAAGACAUAUGCAGAGACGGACGGAACUGUGAGACUUUAGGUUUGGCUGAGAUAGGGACAGUGUGUGACAUGAAAAGGAAUUGUGGGAUUGCUGAGGACAAUGGACUGCCCACUGCUUUUACAAUUGCACAUGAAUUAGGACAUUUAUUUAGUUUACCUCAUGAUGAUGCACCAACUUGUAAAAAAUUUGCUGGUAAUGCUGAUGGUGUUUACCAUGUGAUGGCUCCAACCCUGGACUUUGACACAAGCCCAUGGACAUGGUCAGAAUGCAGUGCAUCACUUAUCACCAAGUUUAUUGAUUCAGAUUAUGCAGAAUGCCUGCUGGAUAAACCACCCAAAAGGAACCAAAGAACACGUUCCAUGGACCAAUAUAUGCCACCAGGUUUAAAAUAUGAUGUGAAUUUGCAAUGUCGCCUGGCAUAUGGAAAGGAUUACACAAGUUGUACGGGACGGAGGGUAAAUACACCAUGCUCUCGAUUGUGGUGUUUUUCUCGAGGAAGGAAUUCUUGCCGUACAAAACGAGCUCCCUGGGCAGAUGGGACCAUCUGUGGGGCAAAUAAGUGGUGUCAAAAAGGUGAAUGUGUGAUCAAGAGACACUUAGAUCCCAUUCCAGGUAACUGGGGAAGCUGGAGUGAAUAUGAUGCUUGUACAUUGCCCUGUAAUGGGGGUAUCAAAAAGUCUGUCAGAAAAUGUGACAAUCCGGUACCAAGGAAUGGUGGCAAUUAUUGUCUUGGUAAAAGAAUCAAAUAUAAAUCCUGCAAUACAAAACCUUGCCCUCCUGGAACUGAAGACUUUAGAGCGAAACAAUGUUCAGAAUUUGACGGCAAAAUACAGAUGAUGAAAAAUGUCAGGUGGAUUCCAAAAUAUGCAGGAAUUCAAUUGGAGAAUGCGUGCAAACUUUAUUGCAGAGCAUCACAAGGAAUGGAUUAUUAUCGUCUCAAAGAUCAAGUCAUUGAUGGAACCAGAUGUUCGGAAGAAACUUUUGAUGUCUGUGUUGCUGGCAAAUGUCAGAGAGCUGGCUGUGAUUUUCAACUUGGUUCUAACAUGAAGAGAGACCGGUGUGGUGUCUGUGGUGGUGAUAAUUCAUCAUGCAGGACUGAAACUGGACGAUUCUCUUAUGCCAAAUAUGGUUAUAAUAAAGUUGUGGAUAUUCCUGCUGGAGCUGCUAGUAUUGAAAUCAGACAACAUGGUUACCAAAAUAAAGUUGAUGAGAACUACCUUGCCCUGAAAGAUUCAAAUGAUAAGUUUAUUCUCAAUGGUGACUUCACUGUGAAAAAAUUUCGUCACAGAUUCAAAGUGAAAGGUGGCAGCAUUGAAUACAGUGGUUCCGUUAGCCCUGUGGAGCAGAUUAAUUCUUCCAGCAUUAUUGAUGAACAAAUUACUGUUUUUGUGUUGUCUGUAGGUCAGCUUGAUCCACCAAAUAUUCAUUAUUCCUACAGUAUAUCAACUGGAAACAAUGUCAAAUAUUCAUGGAAUGCUCUUGGCCCUUGGGGUGACUGUGAUAAUAUUUGCCAAGGUCGUAAGCAAAGAAGGAUAACUUGCACUAGGGAUGAUGGUUUGAUUGUAUCUGACCAGCGAUGUGAAGCUCAGCCUCGACCAAGACAAGUCAUACAACAAUGUAAUACACAUUGUUCUAUCAGUUGGAAAGUUGUGCACAAGGAAGAAUGUUCUGUGAGAUGUGGAACCGGUUUCCAAAAACUGAAAACUCGCUGUGUGCGGACAACUGCCACAAAUGAUGAAAUUGUGGAUGAAGACUACUGCUCUCACGUGAUGUCAAAACCUGACGAAAUGAUUGCCUGUGAAGGACAAUGCUUACAAUCACAUUGGUUAUACAGCAAUUGGUCUGCAUGCAGUAAAACUUGUGGUACAGGAAUCCAAAACCGUAUGGCAAUAUGUAUUGAUGAACAAAACAAACAACUGGCUGACAGUGAAUGUAGUGUUCAGAAUAGAAUUACAAGUCGAUUGUGUAAUGAGUACAAAUGUGCCAGUUGGGCCUAUGGAGAAUGGACAGGGUGCUCAGCAACAUGUGGUCAUGCCAAGAAACAUCGGGAUGUCUGGUGUCAAAAUGAUGCUGACCAAAAGCUCCCUGAUGAACACUGCAGCAAUGAAAACAAACCAAUAUCUUAUAUAAAAUGCAAUUUAACAGAAUGUCCUACAUGGUUCCAUGGUGCCUGGGGACCGUGUUCAAUGACUUGUGGUGUUGGUUGGAAGAAAAGAUCUGUUCGUUGCCGUACAAUUCAGGGAGUUUCAGCAGAUGAAGCUGCUUGUCGUGCAGAUUUAAAACCUUUGGUCUUGGAACCUUGCCAAAUAGCAGAGUGUACAACAGCUCGUCCACCACCUCCCACUGAAGUCACUCCGAGAGAAGAUAUUGCAAAAUGGCGAUAUGGCAGAUGGACAGAGUGUUCUGCUGUCUGCGGUGCUGAAGGUGAAAGGCAACGUUAUGUUCGCUGUACAGAUGACACUGGCCAUACAAGAGACAAUUCUGAAUGUGAACAUCUUCCAAGACCAGUUUCAGUUGAAAAAUGCUCAUCCAAGCCAUGUGGUAUCUGGCAAACUGGACAAUGGGGAGAGUGUACUGUGACGUGUGGAGAAGGUACCCAGACACGCAUGGUUGGUUGCGUGCAUUUGGACCACCAAGUUGAAGAAGAAAAAUGUUUCAAGGAUUUGAAGCCUGUGUCUGUACAGGUGUGCAGACGUCAGGAAUGUGCACCUGUGUUGGCAAGUAGUUUGCACAAUACUUCAAAUUGGAGGGCAGGAGAAUGGAGUGGGUGUUCCAGUACAUGUGGUGCUGGUUGGCAGCGUAGGAGAGUUGCCUGUAACUAUGAAGACCCCAAGUAUUGCAAUGUUCUUACCAAACCAAUGGAGAAAAGAUCUUGCAAUAGUGGUCCUUGUCCAACAUGGAACUAUGGUGAUUGGAAUUCUUGUUCUUCAUGUGGUGCAAACAUUUAUCAAAAUCGAAUAGUUCUUUGUCAGUUGCCCAAUGGACAAGUUUUAACAGAUCCAAAUUGUAAUCUUCGUGAAAAACCAGUUGAGAAUAGGCUCUGCCUUUGUGACCAUUUCAACUGGCAUGUUGGACCAUGGAACCCUUGUCCUGCAAGUUGUGGCAAAUCUCACAAAGUUCGGAAAGUCAUGUGUGUCAAUGACUCGGAUUUUGAAGUGACACCUUCUAAUUGCAGAGGAACACCUCCAAAGUCCAGUAAACGUUGUCGGCUGAAAAGAUGUCCACGAUGGCAAGAAGGACCCUGGCAGUCUUGUUCAGUGACAUGUGGUCAUGGAACACGGAGAAGAGAAGUUUUCUGUCAUCAGAGCAAGAACCGAAGGGUUGCCGAUAGAGAAUGUGAAACCCGACACAAGAAACCUGCAACUGUCAAAUUCUGCUACCCUGGGCCAUGUAAUUUUAUCUGGAAGAAAGAAAGAUGGUCAGCGUGUUCAAAGGAAUGUGGAUUUGGAAGGAAGCAUCGUUCCGUUCAUUGUGUAGAUUAUAUUAAAGGAACAAUACUUGAUGAAAAAUUUUGCCAGUCAAAGAAACCCAAGACAACACGUCGAUGUGCAGAAUUUCCUUGUCCAUUUACAUGGACUAAUGAACCUUGGUCACCUUGUUCAACAAGUUGUGGUCCUGGAUAUCAAACACGUCGUGUGGUGUGCCAAGCUGUCUCCAAGGAAGGCUGGAUCCUUAAGGGAGAGGUUUAUGGCUGCAAGUCACAUGACAUGCCAACAUCCCGCCAACACUGUAACAUGGGAGAUUGUUCUUCACCCUACCACUGGAAAGUUUAUCCUUGGCAUCGUUGUCCGAAUGCUUGUGGGGUUCAGGAAGUUGGCCGAAGAGUGAUGUGUGUGGAUAGAGAGAACAGGGAGCACCCUCAUCACAAUUGCGUACAACCACCACCACAGUCAAGGAGGAGGUGUAUGAACAGAUCUUGUUAUGCAAGCACCUGUCGGGAAUUAAAGUCAAGUACAUCAAUUCGUCAAGAUGGCAAUUAUCGAUUAUUAGUCAAGGGGAAAUUAGUUGAGAUUUAUUGCAAGCAAAUGAAAAAAAGAAAUCCAACUGAAUUUAUUAGUCUUCGUUCAAAAGAAAACUUUUCAGAAAUUUAUGACAAGCGACUGAAAGACCCAGGAACUUGCCCCAACAAUGGAACACGUUCCAAUAGCUGUAACUGUCAUCGGAAUCCCUACAGCCGAUCAGGAUAUACAACGUAUUCCAAAAUUAGGAUUAAUUUGAAUACUCUCUCAGUUGUUCAAGAUGAAAUAUCAUUUGCAGUGACGCAACGAGGUCGAAAUGUUGAUUAUGGCACAGCUGGAGACUGUUACAGUUUACUCAAUUGUCCACAGGGUCGAUUUCAAAUUGAUUUGACUGGAACUGGAUUUGUUGUCUCAAGAAACACUCGUUGGAUUACUACAGACCAAAGAGACUACAAGCAGAUUAAUUUUUCACAGAAUGGAGAAGUGUACAUUGAUAUACAAUCAAAUGCAGUAAAAGAAUUUACUGGACAAAAAGCUCAGGGUUGCCAAAAGCUCUACAACCAAAAAAUAUGGAAAAUUAUACACACGGAAGAUUAA